AUUAGAAUUGAAUGGCGUGGAGAGGCAAAAAUAUUGCCCGAAAAUUCACGUCGCGAGAAUUCUUCACGUGAACGUUGCGCAAUUCGGUUGGCAGCAGUGGCAUCAGAGAAGUGACCGAAAAUACCAAGGCACCGUGGUUUUCUUCAGGCUCGCCGAUUGAUUCUCUUGUUUGCUCUGGGUUCAAAGGGUUAUGGCUCCUGGUACUCAAGUCGAAGGGAGCACCUCCAGUGACAAACCUCCGCCAACGCCGAAGAAUGCCGACUCUGGCUCAACGGGUUCGGCGGCCGACGCGAACGGCAAGCACCAUGCGGUCGACAACAAGAAGAUGAAUGGCCUCCAGCAUGAGGUGACCGAAAAUGGCCACGCGGAGGUCAAGCAAGAAGAGCGCGAGAAGAGCGAAGAUGAGAGUCUGAAGGACGGAGACAAGAAAACCAACGGAACUGCCUCCGAGAAGGAUGAGCAGGAGGUCGUCUUUAUUCAAGACAUGGGUUUCACCGUCAAGAUUGUAUCUCCUGGAACAGAAGCCUUUGAUAUUCAGGUCUCCAGCAUGGAGUUGGUCCAAGAGAUCCAUCAGUUACUCAUGGAUAGAGAGGACACUUGUCACCGUACCUGUUUCUCCCUCCAGCUGGACAAUGUCACUUUAGACAAUUUUGCCGAACUCAAAAAUAUUGAGGGACUCAAAGAGGGCUCUGUGAUCAAAGUUGUGGAGGAGCUUUACACAAUGAGAGAGGCAAGGAUACAUGUCAGACAUGUAAGGGACUUGCUGAAAAGUCUAGACCCUGCUGAUGCUUACCAUGGAGUUGAUUGCAGCUCGCUCUCAUUCCUGAAUAUGGUUACUCAAGGUGACAUAACUGAAACCCCCCGUUCUGCACAUAUCAGAGAUAAAAGGAAGCUUCGUCCAGAGAGUGUUGAUUGCACCCCUCCAGAUUAUAUCAUGCCAAGGUGCAAAGAGCGUCUCAUUUUGCCUCUGCAGCCCCAGGCCAAGGAUUACAAAGGGCCACAGUGCAUGAAGGUCUUAACGACGUCUGGUUGGAAUCCACCACCAGGUUAUCGCAAGAUGCACGGUGACCUGAUGUACUUGUAUGUGGUCACUCUUGAGGACAAACAUUACCACAUCACUGCGUGCACUCGUGGUUUCUUUGUCAAUCAGUCGGCCGAGGAGGAGUUCAACCCAAAGCCAGCCACCCCAAGUCAUUUGUGCCAUUCACUUAUUGAGUUGCUCAGUCAGAUAAGCCCUGCCUUCAAAAAGAACUUUUCCAUUCUUCAAAAGAAGAGAACCUCGAGGCACCCAUUUGAAAGGGUGGCGACUCCCUACCAGAUUUAUGCAUGGUGUGCUCCCAACAUUGAUCACACCAUUGAUGCCAUCAGGGCUGAAGACACUUUUUCUUCAAAGUUGGGUUACGAGGAGCACAUUCCUGGACAAACCAGAGACUGGAAUGAAGAGCUGCAGACCACCAGAGAGUUACCUCGCAAAAACCUUCCUGAAAGACUCCUUCGUGAGCGUGCCAUUUUCAAGGUUCACAGUGAUUUUGUGGCUGCAGCGACUCGGGGCGCCAUGGCUGUAAUUGAUGGCAACGUGAUGGCCAUCAACCCUGGUGAAGAGGCCAAAAUGCAAAUGUAUAUUUGGAACAAUAUCUUCUUCUCACUUGGAUUUGACGUUAGGGACCACUACAAAGAAUUAGGAGGUGAUGCAGCUGCUUUUGUCGCUCCCAAAAAUGAUUUGCAAGGAGUCCGAGUGUAUUCUGCAGUUGACCAACCUGGUCUUUAUACUUUGGGAACUGUUGUGAUAGACUAUAGAGGCUACAGAGUGACUGCUCAGUCAAUCAUACCAGGCAUUCUGGAAAGAGAACAAGAGCAAUCGGUCGUUUAUGGCUCAAUUGACUUUGGAAAAACUGUGCUCACUCACACCAAAUACUUAGAUCUGCUGAACAAAGCAGGCCAGCAACUGAAGAUUUUACCACACUAUGUGAUAAAUGAAAAGGAUGAAGAGAUUGAACUGUGUUCAUCAGUGGAGUGCAAAGGAAUAAUCGGCAAUGAUGGACGCCACUACAUCCUUGACUUACUGAGGACCUUCCCGCCUGAUGUGAAUUUCCUUAAAUUGGAAGGAGAGGAGUUGAGCAAAGAGGUCAGAGCGCUGGGCUUCCCACUUGAGCAUCGUCAUAAACUGAGUUGUCUGCGACAGGAGCUUAUUGAUGCAUUUGUUGAGAACCGAUACAUGAUGUUUAUCAAGUUUGCUGCUUUCCAUUUGCAACAACUUGGAGCCAAGAAACAGAAAGAACGCGAAAGUAGAAGUAGUCAAGAAAAGGAAAUUUUAAAACUUACUGAGGGCAAGAUCAUCACAAACGGAGAUGCCAAAGAAGAUAAGGAUGGUGAAGAAAAAGGCUCAACUGAGAAAGAAAUGGAAACGGAGGAGGCAAAGAAAAUUGUUGAAAGCAUAACAGACUCCAUUACAAGUGGAGAGAAACUUGAAAUGGAAGAAAGUACAAGGGAAGUGGUGAAAAAAGCCGCAGUAGCAGUGGGCUCCCUGAAGGAGACUGAGUUCGAUGUCAGGUUCAACCCUGAUGUGUAUUCUCCUGGCGUGAGGCAUACUUGCCCAGAUGGAGAAAACCUGAAAAAGGAGAGGCAGUUGGUCAAAGAUGCUGCUGAUUUCCUGCUUACCACACAAAUUCCUAACUUUAUUCGAGAUUGUCUGGAUCACACAUCAGCCCCUAUGGAUGGCAUCACCCUCUCAGAAGCCAUGCACAACAGGGGCAUCAAUAUUAGGUACCUGGGUAAAAUUGCAGAUAUGUUGUCUAAGGUUUGGCAGCUCGAAUACGUCCACUCAAUUGCCGUGUCUGAACUCAUUUGCCGAUCUGCGAAGCACAUUUUUACCACAUACAUGCAAAGUGUUGAACUCAUGAGCUUGUCGGCAGCCAUCAGUCACUUCCUCAAUUGUUUCCUCUCAGCCAGCCAGUUGUCCCAUACACCACAAGGACUGGAGGAGUUGCAAAGCAAAAACGCUAAAAAGAGGAACAAGCGAAAGGGAAAGAUGAAUCCUUUGUCCAGUCCAGAUAGUCUCGAGUGGACUACGAUGACCCCAAAAUCUCUCUGGAACCAACUGAAGUCUGAGAUAAAAAUGUACUAUGACUGGGAAAUGCCCUGUGAGACUUUAGAGCAUGCAACUGAACAGUUUACUUUGCAGAAAGUGUCUCUGCUAAGAUCGUUCUGCAUGAAAGCUGGUAUUCAGAUCCUUCUCCGAGAAUAUUCGUUUGACACUAAAAAUAGACUGACUUUCUAUGAGGAGGACAUAGUCAAUGUCUUCCCAGUUGUAAAGCACAUCAAUCCAAGGGCUAGUGAUGCAUACAAUUUCUACACUACUGGCCAAACUAAGAUUCAGCAGGGUUACCUCAAGGAGGGGUAUGAGCUCAUUAGUGAGGCCUUAAACCUUCUCAACAAUGUGUAUGGGGCAAUGCAUCCUGAAAUCGCUCAAUGUUUGAGAAUGUUGGCUCGACUCAACUACAUCAUGGGAGAUCAUGCUGAAGCUAUGAGCUACCAGCAGAAGGCUGUUCUCAUGUCCGAGAGAGUGAACGGCAUUGAUCAUCCUUAUACUAUAACAGAAUAUGUCCACCUUGCUUUAUACUGCUUUGCAAAUUCACAAGUGAGCAUCUCCCUGAAGCUUCUAUACAGAGCUAGGUACUUAACUCUUCUAGUGUGUGGAGAAAACCACCCUGAAAUGGCUCUCCUUGACAGCAACAUCAGCCUGAUUCUCCACGCUCUCGGAGAGUACGAGCUUUCACUUCGGUUCCUCGAGAAGGCUCUCGAGUUGAAUAUAAAGUACAACGGACCACGUUCUCUCAAAGUUGCAGUAACAUACCACUUGGUUGCUCGAACCCAAAGUUGCAUGGGUGACUUUAGGACAGCUCUACACAAUGAAAAGGAGACCUAUGCUAUUUACAAACACUUGUUGGGAGACGAGCAUGAAAAGACUCGAGAAUCUUCCGAGUGUCUGCGCCAUCUCACACAGCAGGCUGUUGUUCUUCAAAAAAAGAUGAACGACAUUUGCACUGGAAAAUCUGGCGCUACUUUACCACCAAUUCAGAUCCAGCCACCUUCAAUGGGCAGUGUGCUGGACAUGCUGAAUGUCAUCAAUGGCAUUCUUUUUGUUCAAAUAAGUCAACAAGACAUUGAAAACUUCAAAGCUGAGGUUGAAAAGCGACAGUUGAAAGAGUCGUCCCCUGAUGGUAAGAUUGAUGGGCUAAGCAAGGUCGGUAAUGUGGUAGUGAAGGAACUCGAAGAAGGCUCCACGUUACCUAUAUCGCCGUUGUCCAUGACGCCCAUUGAGUCGAGCUGAGCACAUCAUUAAUGAGUGCACACAGGUUGAACUGACUCUUUGAUAGUACAUUAAUAGUUUGGCACCGGUAGUGGAUAUUUACUCAUGUGAGUAGCAAUUUUUUUCUGUUUGCAAGGACUAAAUGAAAAAUGGUUGCAAAUUAAAUUUAGCCCAUUUAUAACAAAACUGCAGAUAGUAACUGAAGGACUGGUUAAUAUGAUGAAGCAUUAAUUUUGUGCCUAAGCCAAUAAUAGAGGAUAUUGAUUGCUGUUGACGGGCUGACUCUUUCGUAAAGAGAAUUAUGAAAAUAUUUCAUGUUAAUAAUGUAAUGCUGUGUAAAAGAGGCACACGCUAACUGAUAUGUUCACUUUUUCGUACAUUUAUCAAAAAAAUUUAUAUAUCGUUGAAAAUCAGCAUGUGGCUGUAACUGCCUAUGCCCAAAGAGCAUUAAUUCCGUGGGCAAUUUUUCAUCCUUGUCACUGCAAGUGACUGCUUUUUUUAGUCAGUUACCGAAGGGCUUUAUUCACAACUCAGCGUUAUUUCAUAUUUAAGAAGCUUCCACCCUCCAUAUUUUGUUCAAUUCUCUAAAAAAUUGCCCAGAAUGUCAAAGUGACUUAAAAGGAAGUGUUAAGCCAUUUUUCCCCAGUGAGCUAAAAAGUGUCGUAAAAAGUCAGCCUUGGUUUUUUCAGCCGGAUGUGAUGGUAUUUGAAAAUUCACUGUCUUACGUGGCUAAGCAUUUUUUUCAGCCCCAAAUAAUAAUCGGUAGAAUUGUGUAUUAGGUGAUAUUAGAUGGCAACUUGUAUUUUAGAUAUUAAUUAUUAGAACUUGUUAGUGGUCACAGUCUUAGAGAGAAACUGCUCUACUGAAAGUGACCUCUAAGUGUAGUUUGGUAGCAAUACCCGCUAAAGCAUACCAAUGGCCAACAAUCCUACAUCAAAAUGUUACUUGAUUAUAUUGUUCGGCCAGUUCAAAAAUUACAACGCAAAAUUAGGGUUGACUCGAGGUGUCUGAAAAAUCUAACUAAGAGCAGUAGGAGCACAAGAUAUUUGUCAUGACUAUUGGCAAUAAUUAGGAAAGUAAUUAGCAUUUGAACUAGGGCACUGAAGCUAUUCUAUCAUAAUGCAAACUGAGAUGCGGGAGAUGGACUCAUUAAGGGCCACUGCCUGAGACAUUGCUAUAUUUCGUCUGUUGCUACCCCUAUAGUAGUAUGAUCAUAGAUAUUUUUGUAGUGGCGUCUUAUUAGUAAUUCCUUUUCCUCAACAAGACUUGCACACACAGAUAAAGUAUUUUUUGAAUGUAAUCCGAGAGUUUAGCAGUUAAUUACUACAUUCCAAUUGAGAAAUUUUCACUGAACAUGAAAAAAAUAUUUACACUCAAAACUCUACUUAAAAAAGCAGACGAAAUUACGCCUUGUCUCUAGCGACCCAUUUAAGCACACAUUUAUUAAAAACCAUUGUUGUAUUUGUCGUGUUGUGUAUGAAUUUAAUGCGCGUUGAAAACCUUUCACUAGCGUAAUAAAAGAUUUUGUAAUAUUUUAAAGGCCUAUAUUCCCAAAAAAACUGUCAAAUCGAAAUUAUCAAUAAUUAUGCAUCGAUUGAACAAAAUAAGCUUGAAAAAAACAGUGGUAAUAUUGAAGCAAUGAGAACUAGUCUUUACUAAUGAGACGUUAAAAUAGUUGAUUAGAUUGAAUUGUUGGUUUCAGUGUUGAAACCGAUCAGUCUACACGCUCGAUUAAUAUUUCACAUUACGUUCUGGGAAAAAGCAAUAUGUGGCCAUUAAUUUAACUUAUAACACAUUAACACGAUAAAAUCCAAAGCCAAGGUUAGUGCCAUUUUUGUCGACAAGAAACUAGUCAGUCGUAUUUUCAUUUUGUUGCCAUUUUUUUCCAUAUUGCUAAUCAAAGAUUUCUGUACUCUUGUUUGAAAUGCUAUUGUCAUCAUCAGUGUAAGUGCUCCGGUCAAAGUUGAAGGUGCUCAGUUGAGUUUUUGUUGGUUGAUUGUAUUUUUUCUCAAUAAAAAAAUUUAGAUA